UUCACCACAAGCUCUCUUCUUCACUUUCCCACUUCAAACCAGUACUAGUAAGUCAUUACAUUACCAACAAAAACUCCAUAAAAAUGUUGAACCAGCUUCGACUCAUUAUCACCUUCCUCUGCUUCUCCACAGCUUUUGCUCAGUCUCCAGCACUACCUCCACAACCUCCAGCUACUCAGUCUCCAGCACAACCUCCCCAAGUCCCUGCCGCCCAGUCUCCGCCACCAUCAGCACUAGCUCCACAAGUCCCACUAGUCCAGUCUCCACCUGCACAACUUGCACCAGGUCCAGCCCCACCAGGCCCACCCAACAUCACAGCCAUUCUCGAAAAGGCCGGUCACUUCUCUACAUACAUUCGGCUACUAAAGGCCACCCAGAUUGACAACCAAAUCUACAAACUCCUCAACGAUUCCAGCCAGAGCCUAACCGUGUUCGCCCCAUCUGACAAUGCCUUCGGCAACCUUUCAACCGGUACUCUGAACUCGUUCUCAGACGAACAAAAGGUCCAGCUAGUGAAAUUCCACGUCAUCCCAUCUUUCCUUUCGGUUCCUGCAUUCCAAACAGUGAGCAAUCCGUUGAGCACACAGGCUGGAAGUACUGUUCAGUACCCGAUGAAUGUGACCACGGCUGGGAAUCUGGUGAACAUCAGUACUGGGAUUGUUAACACCACAGUGACUGGCACGGUGUAUUCCGAUAACCAGCUGGCGGUGUAUCAGGUGGACCGAGUGCUGCUUCCGUUGUCCUUUUUUUUCUCUAUAUCACCAGCUCCCGCACCAUCAAAGCCUGAAAAGAAGGCUGCGUCUCCGGCAGGCGACGUGUCCACUACUAGUACCGAUACGUCGGUUCAGGCUUCCGGUGCAAUGCCGGUGAAUCACCACCCUGCACUCAAUGUUGCUGUGUGCUUUGCAGGUUUUCUUAUUGCAGCAUUGUGUUUGUGUCUUUGAGUUGAGAACUUGAGAGCUUGUCUUUGAAUUGAGAAUGAGAGUUUGUUGAUGAUGACAGCGUUUGAUUUGUGUACCGGUUUUCAAUUAAAUAAUUCUUUUGAGUAAA